AUGCUGUUGCUUCAUUUUUAUCAAGCUAAUAAGCUGAAUUGUCUUGACGAUACCAAGGUUGGGACUUUUAUUGGCGAAGAUCAGUUUGGAAACAGAUACUAUGAAAACAACAAUUAUUUUGUGCCUAGAGACCGAUGGGUUGAGUAUCCGUUGAGCAAAUGGUUGGAGUAUGAUGCCACUCAGAUUCCACCAGAGUGGUACCGGUGGAUUCAUCAUAUGACUGACACCCCUCCUACAAAAAAAACAAUAGAGAAGGAGAAGUAUGCCAUGGAGCACAUUGAGAACCUAAGCCUUGAACCGGACAAAAAAUACGUUCCAUAUAAAACCACGCGGGAGAAGUUACAUGCGUGGUUCCCGAACAAUAACUCUUAG